AUGAUUGGCUUGAGAUGCGCCCAAAAGGGCUCGGAAUCAGAUUCCUUCAGACCAUCUCGGGGUAUUCGAAAGAGCGAUCCCCUCUCUCCUUAUCUGUUUGUCAUCUGCAUGGAGAGGUUAGCUCAGGCGAUUAAUCGAGCUGUUAAUGAGGGGUAUUGGAAACCAAUUGUUUUAUCCAGGAAUGGUCCAAAGCUUUCUCAUUUGUUUUUUGCAGAGGCCUCGCUCGAUCAACUCGAUGUCAUUCAGCGUAUUCUUGGUGGUUUUUGCGAAAGCUCUGGGCACAAAGAGGAUAUCAGUAGCGGUUUUCAAUUUAUACGUGUUGACGAACUUGGUAAAUACCUCGGGGUGCCUUUGUUGUAUAGCAGAGCCACUAGAGCUACUUAUCAAUACAUUGUUCAGCGUGUUCGUGACCGUUUAGCGGGUUGGAGAACCAAAACGCUAUCCUUUGCGGGGAGAAUAACUUUAGCUAAAUCUGUUUUGUGUGCAAUUCCCUCUUAUGCCAUGCAAUCAUGCUAUUUUCCCAAAAAGGUUCUAUCUAACGAAGAAAGGUCUCGAAGGCAUUUGACGAAUGAUGCCAGCUGCGGUGGUGCGGUGGUGGAGUCGAUCAGUCAUAUUCUUCGACUUUGUCCGAUUGCAAAAGGCGUCUGGGAUGGUCUUAUUCCUCUGCAGCGGAAAAUGGUUCUGCGGUGCUUAUGGAAGCGGCGUAACCAGGUAGUGUUCAGUUCGGACUUUCAGGGGCAGGAGAGUGUUUUGGUCCAAAGCACGCGACUAUUCUGGGAAGCUCGCCAUACGUUGAACAUUCGAAUAGCUAAUUGCGCGAGAGUUGGUGAUGGUGUGGAUCGCUCGGAGGGGUGGAGACUGGAGAGAGGUGGAGAGAGCCGGAAGAAGGCUGGUUUAAAGAGAAAUUUUAUAAUUUAUAGAGUUAAAUUAUACUACGCACCUAAUUUAUGA